UAUGUGGCUGAUUGUUUUCUUUACUUUGAGCUAUGAUCUUGUCUUGGCGUCAGCCUACAACAACUUUCGGAAAAGCCUGGACACCAUAGGGAAGAAGCAGUAUCAGGUUCAGCAUGGAUCAUGCAGUUACACCUUCCUAUUGCCAGAGAUGGACAAUUGCCGCUCUACUUCUAGCUCCUAUGUGUCUAAUGCAGUGCAGAGGGAUGCCCCGCUGGAUUAUGACGACUCUGUGCAGAGACUGCAAGUACUUGAAAAUAUCAUGGAAAAUAACACUCAGUGGCUUAUGAAGCUUGAGAAUUAUAUCCAGGACAAUAUGAAGAAAGAAAUGGUAGAGAUGCAACAGAAUGCUGUACAGAAUCAGACUGCAGUAAUGAUUGAAAUAGGAACAAACCUGUUAAAUCAAACAGCUGAGCAGACUCGCAAGUUAACAGAUGUAGAAGCCCAAGUAUUGAAUCAGACAACAAGACUUGAACUUCAGCUUUUAGAACAUUCCCUUUCUACAAAUAAAUUGGAAAAACAGAUCUUGGAUCAGACCAGCGAAAUAACCAAACUUCAAGACAAAAACAGUUUUCUAGAAAAAAAAGUCCUUGAUAUGGAAGACAAGCAUACAGUUCAGCUACAGUCAAUAAAAGAUGAAAAAGAUCAGCUUCAAGUGUUAGUAUCCAGACAAAAUUCCAUAAUUGAAGAACUGGAAAAACAGUUAGUGACAGCUACAGCAAACAACUCAGUUCUUCAAAAGCAGCAACACGAUCUGAUGGAGACUGUCCACAGCUUGCUAACUAUGAUAACCGCACCAAACUCCAAGAACUCCUUUGUGGCUAAGGAAGAACAAAUCAUUUUUAGAGACUGUGCUGAGGCUUUCAGAGCAGGCCUCACCACUAAUGGAAUCUACACAUUAACUUUUCCUAAUUCUACUGAUGAGGUCAAGGCAUAUUGUGACAUGGAAACAAAUGGAGGUGGAUGGACAGUUAUUCAGAGGCGAGAAGAUGGCAGCACUGAUUUUCAGCGAACUUGGAAAGAAUAUAAAAUGGGAUUUGGUGAUCCUGCUGGAGAAUACUGGCUAGGAAAUGAGCUUGUUUCCCAACUGACUAAUCAACAACGCUAUGUACUUAAAAUACAUCUUAAAGACUGGGAAGGAAAUGAGGCCUAUUCAUUAUAUGAACAUUUCUAUCUUUCAAGUGAAGAACUCAACUACAGGAUUCACCUUAAAGGACUUACGGGGACAGCAGGCAAAAUAAGCAGCAUAAGCCAACCAGGAAAUGAUUUUAGCACAAAGGAUGCAGACAAUGACAAAUGUAUUUGCAAAUGUUCACAAAUGCUAACAGGAGGUUGGUGGUUUGAUGCCUGUGGUCCUUCCAACUUAAAUGGAAUGUACUACCCACAGCGGCAGAACACAAACAAGUUUAAUGGCAUUAAGUGGUACUACUGGAAAGGAUCAGGGUACUCUCUCAAGGCCACAACUAUGAUGAUUCGACCAGCAGAUUUCUGAAUUUUUGGACAUUCUCUGUGAAUGGCAUCUUGUAUUAUCUUGAGAGAUUUCAUUUGCCAAGCAUUUAAACACACAGCUGCAUCUUAUCUUUUUUUCCACCUCAGAAAACAUGCACUUUGUACGCCAAAGGAUUGUGUUCUGAACUGCAACACUAUACCAUUCAUCACUUUAACCUACAUUUUUCAACUAGUCAACACAAGACCUACAAUAUAAAAUAAUAUGGAAUGAUAAUGAUUUGUCAGAAGGACUGUAGAAAAUAAAUUUAUGUUCAAGAGAUGAUCUAAUAACAUAAGGACUCUUCUCAUACUCAUUGGUGUUAUGUGUGAGUUUAUCAAAUAAAUAACUGGAACUGUGCGAUAUUCAUAAAUAACAUAGCAUCACUAACUUUAAACAUAACACUCUGUUACAGAAUUCAAUUACUCACAAACCUGCAAUCCAGAUUAUUUUGUUUUAUGCUGUUUGUAGAUUGUGUAAAUAUCAAUAGUUUCCUAAUUUUGCAUCACUACCAGUAUUUAAAACAAAACAAAACCCAACACCACUAUCCUUUGUAAAAUCCUGUAAUCCAUUAAAAUAUGUAUCCAGGCAUUUCCUCAGAAGCAAAUGAUAGAUGACUUAAUUAAUAUUUAGGGAAGAAAAUAAAACCUACAUUUUUACUUUUCCACUUAAAUGCUUUGAAUUUUGUGUUGGAAAAACAGCAUAUUUACACAUCAGUUGUUGGCUGCUUAAUUUUAAACACAUCAGAUUUCAUUACUUAUUGGCUUAUACUUAAAAGAUAGAUCUCUGAUAUUUUCAUCAUGGUAUGUAUUUCAUUACAAUUUAUAUGAAGAAUACACCAUUUUCCUUACCAUCUAUGAAACACAAAGUGAUCUCAAAUAAUUAAAUGCUACUGACCAAAUAAAGUAAUUGUUUUAGUUUAAAAUUUUAAAAAAUUUACUUACGAUCACUUAGCUUUGUAUGGCUGUGAAAUUAAACCAUAUGAUUAUGACUCAAACCAAGGAAACAUGGGUUUUGAAAGAGAAGAAAACUAUGUAUGUCAUUUCAUGAAUAUGAAGUUUUACUAUCUUCUUGGGGUUUUUUGUUUGUUUUUUUCAUCAUUUAAUAAGAGGUUUUUCAGGGAGAGAGUAGGAUUUAAUUUGUGGUUAAAAAACAGCUUCCAUUUAAAACAACUCCUCAGUGGCUUCAAAUUCAAUCAAAAACAGUUGGGAACUAUAAGU